AUGACGCCGUCGACGGUGCCGCAGAAAAAGAUUUUCCAUCCCAAGUCUGCGCAGGCGCGGCGGCGGAUUGCUGUGGCUGUGGCGGACAACCUCCUGUUCCGCAACCUCGAUGAGGAGCAGAAGGAGGAGGUCUUUGACGCCAUGUUUGAGAAGUUUGUGGAGCCGGGAGUCUCGAUCAUCACCCAGGGCGACGACGGCGACUACUUUUACGUGGUUGACUCUGGCGAGUUUGACAUCUUUGUUCAAAAGGGAAGUGCACCGCCGGCCAAGGUGGUGACUGUCGGUGCCGGCGGCUCAUUUGGUGAGCUUGCCCUGAUGUACAACGCGCCGCGGGCGGCGACGUGCACGGCGACGCAGCGGUCGUCGGUCUGGGCCCUCGAUCGGGUCACCUUCCGUCGCAUGAUCAUGGACAACACCUCAUCCAAGCGCAAGAUGUACGAACGCUUCCUCCGGGAGGUCCCGGUCCUUGCAGACCUCUCCGACUCGGAAAUUGCCAAGAUCGCCGACGUGGUCGACCCGCUGCCGUUCAAGGACGGCGAGGUCAUCAUUCGCCAGGGUGAUGCUGGUGACAAGUUUUACAUUCUUGCCGAGGGCGCCGCAUCGGUCAAGCAGAAGAAGGGCGACGCUGCCGAGCUCGAGCUCUGCCGUCUGCACAAGGGCAACUACUUUGGCGAGAUCGCCCUGCUCACCGACCGCCCGCGCGCCGCCACCGUCGCCGCCUUUGGUGAUUGCAAGGUCGUCUGCAUCGACCGCCCGGCCUUUACCCGCCUCUUUGGUCCUGUUCAGGACAUUCUUCGCCGCAACAUCGGCAACUACAAGACCUACGAGUAUAUCCUCGCUUACGGCUCGUCCGACGACGCCGCCGCCUCUUCAGACGCCGCGCCCUCUGCGGAUGGUGAUGAAGUCAUGCGAGCGUUUACUGGCUCGGGCGCCGCGCCCGGCCAGGUCCGACUCACCUCGAUCGGCUUCUCACACUAUGUGGAAAAGGUGAGGUGGGCUCUCGACGUGGCCGGCAUCGACUAUGUGGAGGAUCCACACGCGCCGGGCAUGCACGUCCCGUUCGCCGACGCGGUGACGUCAGGGCGGUCGUCAAUGACCCCGAUCGUUUCCUGGCCGGACGGCCACUACACUCACGACUCGACGGCGGUCCUGCUCGAGCUCGACGACGUGUACGGGCUUGGGUGGUACGAUCCGGACCAGACCGGCGAUGCCGCUGUCACUGACGCCAUUGUGCAGCUGGAGGACUACUUUGACGACAUGCUCGGCGGGCCGUCGCGAUCGUUUGUCUACGCCUACCUCCUCGCCGAGACAGAGCUCAUGCGCGAGGUCUGCAACAACGUAUCGACCGCCGCCGAGCGCGCCGUCCUUCCGGUCGCCUAUAACGGCAUCCUUUCCGGCAUUCGCCGUAGCUUGCGCAUCCAUGACGAGGGUGCCCGGCUUGCGCAAGAGCAGAUCGGCCGCGUCUUUGACAACGUUGAGGCUCUUCUUGCCGACGGUCGCUCGUACCUUGCAGGGACGACCAAGCCCUCGGCCGCAGACUUUACCUUUGCUGCCCUCGCCUACCCGAUCCUCUUCCCGUCAGAGCACGAGUCACUGCUCUUUGCGCGCGAGCGCAUGCCUGCCGCCGCCAAGCCGAUCUUGGACGCCUUUGUUGCCCGGCCGGCCGGCCAGUUUGCGCUCCGCAUGUACGCCGAGCAUCGCUUCCCCGACUCGUACCACACCAAGCGCUUCAACGCCGCAGGCGUCCAGCAGAUCAUCCACAAGCGCGGCACUUAUCCCAACUUUGCCGGCUGGGUGUACGCCACCAUUGCGGCCUCGGUCGUUGUUGCCGGCGGCUGGGCCCUCAAGACCUGGCUCAACUGGUGACCCCGAUCCGGCCUACCCAGUGGCCUCGUCUCCUUGGACGCCCGGAAGAGUAGUCACUCCAGCCUGGCCAUCCUCGAUCAACACCGUUGCAUCUUCAGCCCAGUGCUCAACCUCGAGGGCUGCCGGUAAAACUGCCAUUGGAAUGUG